AUUAUUAGGGCGGAAAGAAAAAAGAGAAUAAAAAACAGAAACGCCGUUGCCGGGGAUCGAACCCGGGUCACCCGCGUGACAGGCGGGAAUACUCACCACUAUACUACAACGACUCGUUGUUAGAUACAGCAAUAAAACAUAAUAUGUGCAAACAACAGCCGCCUCUGCCUCACCAGGAAAAUUUCGUUAUUUCCUCAAUCCAUUCAAAGACCUCUGAAUUUUUUCGAGAACGUUUGUAUGUUCCUAAACCCUUCCCCCCAAAUCCCGAAUAGAAGAGAAAAUAUAUAAACGAAGUCGCAGUAUUAUGCCCAAACUAGAAAGAUAGGUUCCAACUAAUACUAGUCAUUAUUCUCAAGAUUUUGAGCUCUGAAUUGAAUUCAAGUAUGUCAUCCACUUUUUUUGGGUAUUUACUUGAGCUGCUCGAAAUCCGAAGGAAAAAGAAAAGGCUACAGUUUGGAUGAGUGGUUUCUUGAACGUUUUUGGCUUUCAUUGUACAAUUGAGAUUUUUUGCGGCAAUUUGUGAAUACUCGACAGUCAUGAUUCUUGAUAGCAUGGAUUAUGGGUUGUAAAUCAGUUGCUGGUUUAGCACAUUGGACGUUGGUGAUAAACUGGUGACUGUUGCAACUCAAUCCAUAUACUUUCCUCUAGAAUCUGAAAGAUGACUGAUGGUAGUGUGUUCCAAAGAAAUGAGAAGACUUCAGUCAGACAUAGAACUAAUCAAUUCGAACGGCUAUUUACCGAGCUUGCCAAUUUUGAUAACACGGAUAUCACUCCAUCAGGAAAUGACAAGUGUGCCCUGAGAAAUUCCAAUCCCCGAUCAUCUGAGGUUUUAAGCACAACCGAUUUAAUUUCGGCUGUAGGAUAUGCCUGGGGUCGAGCCACAAAGCCUCUUUCUUCACUUGUAUCCAUUGAUAACUCCACAUGCAAACCUGAGGUUAUUCGAGGAGAUGAUGGCCAACUUUACUAUUCUACUGAUGGGGAAACUCUUCUUACAUCUAACUCAGCCAAUGGCCAACCUUGCUCAAGCAAUUUGAACAGUAAAGCUACUUUUUCGAGAUUAGUGCAAGAAAAUCUUGAUAAUUUGAGAUUAAAUCAGAAGAUCAUAUGCCAUCAACCUAGCUAUGAUUUCUUUUCAUUCUGGAAGAUAGUCCUUGCAAGGCCGUAUCAUCUUUCAAAUACAGAAACACCACUUAACUUAGGAAGUACAUAUAGAUGGAUGGCUGAAGUAGCUCACGCUACGCGAAAGAAUGAUUUUAUUAAUAUUGAGAGCAGAAAAAGGACCCUUAACUCUUACAUAGGCGAGCCUUUGACAAACUCAGAUAGUGCCAGAGUGCCUACUGAUACAACUACUAGUUCAAUUGAUAGUUUUGAAGGUACAGACUUGAAAGAGUGUACUAAUGGAUGCUCAGAAAGUACUAUGGUGUGUGACCAGAAUAUUGACAAGACUGACUGUCAGAUAAUUGCGUUGAGGUGUGAUGUGGUCUCCCAAAAUACCAAUUUAGAAUCAGAUAGUCGUGAGUGUGAAAAUGACAUCAGCAGAAGUAGGGAAGGUCUGCAUGAACACCAAAAUGAUCAAGAAGUUGCUACAUUAGUUGAAGCUGACUCGCCUGAGGUUGAAAUAAGUUUGUCGGCCAAGCAAACAUCACCAUGUGGGCUUGCAAAGCAAGAGCAUGCUUUUGCAGGGGCAAUGGCUGGCAUAUUUGUAAGCCUUUGUCUUCAUCCAAUGGACACAAUUAAGACAGUUGUUCAAUCUUGCCGUGCAGAUCCAAAAAACCUUCACGACAUAGGCAGAUCCAUUGUUGCUGAGAGAGGUAUCACGGGACUUUAUCGUGGCAUAUCAAGCAAUAUUUUGACAUCAGCUCCAAUUUCUGCAGUCUACACAUUCACGUAUGAAUCUGUUAAGAAAAGUUUGCUUCCUCUUGUUCCCAAGGAAUAUCAAUCUUUGGCUCACUGCAUGGCAGGGGGUUGUGCAAGCAUUGCUACUUCAUUUAUUUUUACUCCAAGCGAGCGCAUAAAACAGCAGAUGCAGAUUGGCUCUCACUACCGGAACUGCUGGAAUGCCUUCAUACAGGUUGUUCAAAGAGGUGGCGUGCUCUCACUAUAUAAUGGAUGGGGAGCAGUACUCUGCAGAAAUGUUCCGCAUUCUGUCAUCAAGUUCUACACUUAUGAAAGCCUGAAGCAAGUUGUAUUGCCAGGAACUAAAUCUAAUGCUCAAGCUAAUGUAUCUACGACGUUAGUUUGUGGAGGAUUAGCUGGAUCUAUGGCCUCGUUAUUCACAACUCCAUUUGAUGUUGUCAAGACAAGACUGCAAACUCAGAUUCCUGGAUCAGUGACCCCGUAUGGUGGAGUAUUCAACACUCUCACAAAAAUAGGGAAGCAAGAAGGUGUAAAAGGUCUCUACAGGGGGUUGACUCCAAGACUAGUCAUGUAUAUGAUUCAGGGAGCCCUAUUCUUUGCUUCCUAUGAAUCUUUCAAGAGAUUGUUAUCAUUGGAUGUCUCGCAACCAACAUUGCAGCACAAGACCAAGUCAGAUGAUCCCGUGAUGUUACCACCAACCAUUUCAGUCACUGCUUAGUUUUGGUUGUUUGGAGAGAAGUUGUAGCGCAAAUUAGAGAACUUUGGACAAAGAAAGAAGCUGGAGGGUUUUAAUUUUUAUUUAUUUUACUGUAAAGGAAUUUUUCAUCGCGCGUGCGUAUUCAGUGAAGCAAGUGACUAUGAUGUUGCAUGGAGAUUGCAGUGAAGCAAGUGACUAUGCUUUGUGUGAAAUUGUGAAGAAAAGUGUUGCAUAGUUCUUGUGAGUUGUGACUGUAAUAUCAUCGAGUUGUCUCCAUGAAUCUAGGAAGUUUUGCUCGCCAUGUAUUAUUUGGUUUGCAUACCGGAACUGAUAAUAUUUGAGAUUAUGUAGGAUUUUACAUGACCUUUUUUGGAACUCUCUUUAGCCCCCUGUCUCUUAUCCCAAGGAGCAGGUUUAAAAUAGCUCGAUUGAAGUCCGAGGCACGACUGUGGGGGUGUAUUGUAUUUAUAUAUAUAACCAGAAGAAACAAAGAAAUAGAUGUAUAGAAAGA